CGCCAACAUGGCGGCGGCGGCGUCAAUGUCAACGGCGGCGCUGAGGCGGCUGGCGUGGGGGCCCGCAGCCCGGCCGGCCCGCAGGUCGCUGACCACUUCCACAUGGCUGCUGGCAGAAGAUCAAGUAGGAGACACGCAACUCAUCACGGUGGAUGAAAAAUUGGAUAUCACUUCUUUAACCGGCGUUCCAGAGGAGCAUAUCAAAACGAGAAAAGUUCAGAUUUUCGUCCCGGCACGCAAUAACAUGCAGUCUGGAGUAAACAACACCAAGAAAUGGAAGAUGGAGUUUGAUACAAGGGAGCGCUGGGAAAACCCUCUGAUGGGUUGGGCGUCCACAGCUGAUCCAUUAUCCAACAUGACUCUGUUCUUCAGGACUAAGGAAGAAGCAGUUGAUUUCGCCGAAAAAAACGGCUGGAGCUAUGACGUCCAAGAGAGGAGGAUUCCAAAACCGAAAUCCAAGUCCUAUGGGGCAAAUUUUUCUUGGAACAAAAGAACAAGGGUGUCCACGAAAUAGGUGGACCCUGGCUAUAUCACUGUGUCUGACUGGGAAUAAAGUCAGCUGUGCAGUAUUUAUAGUCCUUGUAUAAUACAUCUCUUAAUCUCCUAAUAAAUUUGACCUUUAAACUACGGA